GACAUUGUCAAUGAUAACAUUAAGUUUAAUUUUCAAUUUAUCAUACUUUUUAUUAUUUUAAAAUGUACAAAAUUUAUCAUUGUAUUACUAAUCAAACCUUAACCACACUAUUUCAAAGAUUUGCGGGUAAACAAAUCCGUUUCAAAAAGCUUUUUCAGAAAAUUAAAAAAUGUACCGAGACAGAUCAGGAAAUUUAAGUAGAAACGGAUAUUCGAGAUCUAACAGAACGUUUAAUAAUUAUGAAGACGAAGAACCAGUAAGAGAUUCUAGUAGAUAUAGAAGGGGAGCUAUUAGUUCAUUAGAAUAUUGUCUCUGCUCAGAAGAAAGAAUACAAGUACCUUCACAAUUACCGGUUAAUGGUAGUGUUGCCCCUUAUGCAUCCUCUAAAUUUUUUGAUGACAAUGGACGUAGUGAAUAUUCUAGAUCACAAAUUAUUCCGCAAGAAGAGAUGGAAUAUAGCAGUGAUAAUUUAACUGCAAGAAGCACAAAUCUGUCUUCUCUUGGACCAUAUCCGAGCAGUAGUAUAAAGAAUGGUAGUAACUGUAGCAAAUUUAAACGGCGCAACCAAAAGGACUUCUAUCGCAUGGGUUCUCAACCGCUAGUAGUAGGAUUUAAAAUAAAUGCAUCAGUACAAACUAGCGAAACCUACUUUACCACAUGUGUUGAAUACUAUACACAACCAAAGGGGCAAACUAGAGCACCCGAUAAAGGAAGCCAAAGGAAAGUAGUCGACAGAUCUCUUAGAGAGUUAGAAAUUCCAAGUGAUAGAAGCGAAAUAAAAAGCCAUGUGUGGUUACCUGAAAAAUCCAUGGUAAGUAACGGUACUAAUACAGACUCAAUGUCAAAGAAAUCAGUGUCACUAGGUGGAAGAAGUAAAUUAUCAAGAAUUCGUUCACGAGAUCCGAUAAGACGGUCAUCCCAAUUUCCGGCACUAUCAAAAUCUGCAGUACGGAAUAUAUCCACUAGUUAUAUUGACCCUGAUAAAUCGUCCAUGCUAAGUCGUUCACGAGAUCCAGUAAGAAAGUCAUCCCAAUUUCCACAAAGAUCAAGAUCUGUAGUAAGAGAUGUAUCUACUAGUUUUAUUGGAUCGGAUGAUUCAUUUACCCCAAGUUAUUCACGAGAUCCAGUAAAAAUGUCCUCCCAUUUCGCACCACAAUCAACAUCUUCAGUGAGAAAUAUGCCAAGUGGUUAUAUUUACCCCAGUGAAUCCAAACCGUAUUACAAACCACAAACUAGCAAAUAUUGUAAAGCUAGAGCAAACAUAUGUGCACAAAGAUUUAAAAUGGCAUCACAGGCAUCCGUUAGUGCAAUGGACAACAAGUCAACAUCGUUCUAUUCCUCUUCGGAACUUGUUGCAGGACGUAGAUCAAAAGUUUAUGAAAACUUAAAAUGUAAAUGUUUUAACACCAAAUGUUUACAAAAAGCAAUAAAAAGAUUUGUGAGAGAAGCCAUAGAAGAGUCAUUAAGAGAAUCGGUGUCCCAGCUAGAAAUAGAAGGCUCCAUGUUAGAUCAAAGAGCUCCUUCAAGGCAACACGGAGUGCAAACAGUUCCAAGUGCUGCCAAUGGUGUAAUGAUGUAUAGGUCAGAAGGCACAAGUGGUUACUUACCUGUACCUGUUUCGGACACUACCUGUGGAUGCGUAUGUGUAUGUAACCCCGAAGAGGUCAAAUCUAUAAGAAGUGUUCAUAAAACAGAUAGGGGAGUAAACGGUAAUUUGGAUCAAAUUUUAUCAGACAUGAGGAUAUCAAAGCCGACCGUGUCAAUAAUAGAUCCGAAGAUUGCUUCUAUUCAGGGUUUGAGCAAAUAUUCCGAACAUCACGUGGGUGCAGAUUGUAACUGUUGUCAGAUCUCGUCGAGGACUCGAGUAUUGUGUUCUCAAAGAAGAGCAAGAGAUGCUGAAUCACAACAAGUAUCCUUCGUUGAGAAUGAAUCUCUUCUAGAUACAUCUAAACAUGGGAUUUUUCAUAAGACAGCCGAUGAUCGGUUUGAGACAUCGUAUACCAAAUUUCCUUCAAGUCUUGCACAUCACACGCAUAACGGCAAGCAAAAGGACACACAUAAGGUUACUGAUGUUGGGAAAGAUCCUUCAAUGUGUUUAUUACAACAGGGAAACUUUCAAACAUAUUUGAUGAGGAAAUCGAUCGGAAUUGAAUUGCCUAAGGUUACUGAAGAGGAAUUAGCACUUAUUAAUGAAUAUAUGCGAACAACUCCAAUGAAGUCAACUUCCUCAGUGACAAUUGACGAUAAGUAUGAGAAAUAUCAUUAUCCAAUAGACCCUGGAACUUCAGACAAAUAUGAAUAUAAAAGACUGGAAGACUUGAGUCACGUGAGUCACCGAUUAUCAGAUGACACGUUAGAUUAUCGCUUGUUGAGGCACGAUCCAAAAAAUGAUAGUCAAAUUGUAAAAGAAAAACCCCCGACCCGAAAACGAGCUUCUAUAGCACCAGAUGAAGCAUCAGAGGAUUAUCAUAAGCAACACUCAAUUGGGGAUGAAGAGAAAAAGAUAAUCGAGCAAGUUCGGUCAGAACACCAGAAAAAACUAAUGGAAAGUUUGAAAGCAGAUGAAGAAAAAGAACUCCAAGUCACAGAGGCAAGCUGGAUACCGGGCGACACUAUCACCGGAAAUUUGGAGACAUCGGAUAGCCUCGAUAAAGAGGUUGCCAGUAUUGAAGAGCAACAAAUUCGUUAUAGUGGAGAGCCUACAGCUGUGUUUGAAAAUAUUAUCAAACAGGAAAAAAAGAAACUUCGACGAUCUUCUCAAAGAUCACGUAUCCCUAGUGACCCGUCUGAAUAUGAGGAAGACAAGGAUCAUGGAAGGAAAUCAAGUAAGGGAUUCUUUAGUUUCUUUAAGAACUGGAGAAGCGGUAAAAAAGACGCAAAACGAAAAGAAGCGAAGCUAAGAAGUUUGGGUUUGUCGAAUGAAAUGGAAGAUGAUAUAUCUGAAUCCAUAAGCGGGAUGUCUGCAUCUGACUUAGAAGAACGAGAAAAAAGAAGAUCAAGAAGAUCAAGUAUGAGUUCUUAUAAGGACCGUCCUGCUGGCCAUUUUCGUCAAAAUAUUUACAAAUUUACCUGAAAAAAUCAGUAUUUUUUUAUAAUUACACAGAUGUAUUUAUUAUUUGUCUGUCCUAUUGUGUACACUUAUUAAAGUUGGACUUUGG